UGAACCCCUGAGACCACCGGCCUGAUCAGCACCAGAAGGCUGAACCUCAUGAAACACAGCAACACUGGCAACAUCCAGCAGAGGUCGGGUUUGUGGAUCAGGACGCUCUGAGGUCAAAAGCUUGCAGUCGGAGACAUCUCGCGGCGGCAUUAAGACCGUGACCUACCUGAACCGCUGCCAAGGGAUCAUCCUCUGCUGGGUCUCCCUAACAUUCUGAUCACCCCCCACGUUGGCACCGACACUCUCUCCACCAGCAGAAAGAUGGUGCAGAGGAUGGUAGAAAAUGCUGUGGCUGUACUGAAAGGCCAAUCUAUUCCCAAUGAAGUCAAACCAAAAUGAAGUCACUAUGGUUGACUCAUGUUUCCGAGGUUAGGAGUGUUUCACUGUUGCAAGAGGAAGUACAUAUGUUAGUUUUAACCCGUAGAUUGUUCUUUCUAAUGACCUGCCAUAGUAAAUGUCAUUGAGACUUUUGAAUGUCACAUUAACAUAACUACAGUAUCAUGCUUAAUAUCACUUUUAUGUAAACCAAUGUUGGAAAUGAAAUAACAUGAUGAUUUUAACGUUUAAAUUGAUCCUUACCAGUUUGUUUUAAAUGAAUUACAGUAACAUUUGUACAUGCUGCAAUACUUUAAAAAAAGAUAAAAAAGCUUCCUCCAAUGUUGCACCUUGUUCACUUGAACCCUUAACUUCCAUCCUCUUCUGCCUUGAGGAACCCAAAGAACUAAGAAACAGGUUGAAAAGGUGAUUCUUCACUCUAAAACUAAUGUAUAGUGAAAUAAACUUACUGUCAUAAAAGAAAGAUAAGUGUAUGCAUAUUGCUGGCAUUAGACCAGUUCUUACUUGUGCUUGUAAUACAAUUAAACCAACAUUUAAUUUAAUUGUUCAUAAUUGAUUAUAAUCUUUAAUAGAUAAAAUAACCACAACAAGUAGUGAUAGUAAGUAGUAUUUUAAUCUAAUGAAGUAGAAAAUAUAAGACAGUAGGACAAGGAGUAACCAAGGAUUAGUGGUUGUGUUGUAAAAUAAAAGAAGCUCUUAUUUUGAAAUCCUUCGCAUGUCCUAAGAAGUACUUCCUGGUUCAAGAUCAGAAAACAAGGAAAUAGAAUCACGUAAUGGAGGACGACAAGCCAUGGGCUCUGGUCUCAGGGGCGGUAGAACAUGGUUUAUAUGAAGACUUAACGCCCAUAAUGAAACAACACUUCCAGAUCCUCUGCUACAAAGACUUCCUUCAAAACCCUCAGCUGCACGGCCCUAAAAUCCAGGCCGUGUUGGUGUGGGACAACAUCCCUCCAACCGAUCCCUUGACUCUCCGGUCUCUUCCCUCGCUGAAGGUGGUCGCUAACGGAGGAGUGGGCAUCGACCACCUGGACGUGCCGUACAUCAACAGUCUGGGGGUGAAGGUGACCAACACGCCCGGGGUGGUGAGCGACGCCACGGCAGACAUGGCCAUGGGUCUGCUCCUGGCAUCGGCACGCAAGAUCGUUCAAGGUCACCAAUUAUCUGUUGACCCCAACACCACCAAUCAUAAACCACAAAGCCUGAUGGGAGUUGAAGUCACAGGGUCGACUAUGGGGAUUAUAGGAAUGGGACACAUCGGCUGCAGAAUCGCUCAAAGAGGCAAAGGAUUUGACAUGAAGAUCCUGUACCACAACAGGACCAGGAGGUCAUAAUUGUCCAAUGCCAUUAAUAAAAAUACUUACUCAUCUCUAUAACCAGAUAUUUAAAAGCCAUGAAUGAAAGGAGACAGUGU